AUGGAUCCCCUGGGCCUAGCAUCCCACCUUACUGGCCAAGAGUCUGGUGCCGUAGCCCUAAAUUUUGACUCUCCCAGCCAAGACUAUUUCUUCACUAGCCACGAGUUCGACUCUCUCUACCAAGAAUUGGACUUGGACUCUGUUAACGAAAAUCUUCUUCCUCAGUCCAUGACAGGCGCCAUGACAGGGACCUCUGAGUGCGCGUACGAACCACACCUGACCACCGAACCAGAGGAUCUCACAGAGGCCGAAAAGAAAGAGCUCAAAUCUGAGCUCACCAGAUUGGAAGCUGAAAUAGUAACCCUACGCCAUACGCUGGCCGCCAAAGAAAGACGCUGUGUGGAGCUCAAGAGGAAGCUGGGCCUCACGGCCUUGGUGGGGCUGAAGCAGAAUCUGUCCAAGAGCUGGCACGAAGUUCAGGUCUCCAACGCCUAUAUGAAACAGAAGACCUCAGCUGCCCUGUCUACCAUGGGCUCUGCCAUCUGCAGGAGGCUUGGAGACAUGAAGAAGUCGGCCACCUUCAGAUCCUUUGAAGGUCUGGUGGAGACAAUCAAGUCCAGAGUUGCAGGUGGCAGAGACCUUGACAGUGACUGCCCUCCUUCUUCAGCGGGGUGUGGGGAAGAUCCGCCCUUGGUUUCAGGGAACGGCGAUGGUCCAGUUCCAGGGAGUGUAGAUGAUCUGGUAACGGUAACUGGGGAUGACCCUCUUUCUUUUCUGGAGCAGGACUGA